AUGAUUAAACCUGGAGCAGGAUUCAGGGAGGUGGUGAAGGAGACUGGUGAGGUGAACGCCAAUGAUGUGCUUGUUUUUCUUGCCGGCACAAACGAUAUAGCCUGCAAUGAGAGGAAGGAGCUACAAUCUGCGCUUAGAAGUAAACUACGCGACCUGCAGAGCCGACGUGGAGGUCAUGUGCUGGUGUUCUCGGUGCCUCAUAGGCAUGACCUGCCGAGAUGGGCACAAUCUGAUGAAAUAAGAUCAAGUAGAAGUGAUAGUGAUUGUAUGAAUCCAAACAACAAGGGUUAUCCUAGCUUAGAAACAAACAAAAGCAAAACAACAAAUUUGAAGAAAAUAAAAAUGUUUUUAAUAAAUAUUUGUUCUCUAAGAUCCAAACUAAAUCAACUAGAGCUAAUCUUAUCAGAUAAUUCUACUGAUGUUGUGUGUAUCAAUGAGCAUUGGCUUAGUAAUGAUGAAAUUAAACUUUAUGUUCCAAGUGGUUUCACCCUAGCUGCCUCGUACUGCAGGUCUCCCCCACUCACACAUGGUGGCUCAUCCAUAUUAGUCAAAAACUCAAUCAAAUAUAGUUCUAUGAAUGUUAGUAACUUUUGCGUAGAGAAGGUUUUCGAAAUAUCAGCCAUAAAACUCGUCCACAAUAAAGGUAUAAUAAUAAGUGUAUACAGAACACCGGACUCCAAUAUUCAGGACUUUCUCAGCAAGCUAGAAGAAGUUUUAAAUUAUAUCACUGAGAAAUCCUACUCUUUCAUUGCAAUUGCUGGAGACUUUAAUCUUAACAUUCUUGAAUUACAUAGACCUGAAAUCCAACAAUUUUUAAAUGUCAUGAGAUCCUUUAAUCUGUAUAACGUGCACUCCCUACCAACAAGAGGAAAAGCAAGCUUGGACAAUAUAUAUACAUGUGUUAAGUCCGAACGUAUUGAGUGUAAACUGUAUGAUCAGGAUCUGAUAUCAGACCAUGCAGGUAUAUUUGCUGAUCUCUCCGUAGAUAUUGUCAGAAAUUUUAAAAAUAAUAACAAUGAGACAGAAAUCCAUAAAAGACGUCUCAUUACAACUAAUAGGCUUAAUAACUACAAAAAAUGUCUCUCUAGUUAUAACUGGUCAUACAUAUGCAAUGUCUGUGAUACAAAUUCUGUGAUGUCUAUGUUUAUUAAUGUUUUAAAGUCCUAUUUUGAUAUACACUGUCCUGUAAUUAAUUAUAAGCCAAAGUCUAAAUCUAGUCAGAAAAACUGGUACACGCCUGAAUUAAAGCUCAUGAGGGAGCACCUAAUGAUGCUGUAUAAUGUUUGGAAGAUAACUAAUACUGAAAAUGCCAAAGUUAUAUUUAAGAAUUACAAAAAACAAUAUUGUAUAGCUAUUGAUAGAGCGAAAAUUAUGGCAAAUGAUGAUGUUAUCUGUAAAUCCUCUAAUAGGAGUAGAGCAGCAUGGAAAAUUGUAAAGAAGGAAAUAGGAAAUGACUCAGCUCCUCAAAAAAUUAAUAUUUCACCAGACAUACUCAAUGACUUCUUUGUUAAUGUGCCAAAUACUGUAUCCAAAGAUCUAAACCAAUCUUCGGUGACCUAUGCUGAACUAUUGCAUAAUUUUAAGUUUGCUGAGGGUAUUAAUAGCAGCACUCUUGAAUUCUCAUUUAAAGUGGUCAAACCUGAAACUGUGAUAUCCAUUGUGAAUAAUUUAAGCUCCUCAAAAAGUGAAGACUGUUUUGGUCUAUCGAAUUUUAUUUUAAAAAAUAUAAUUGAAUCAAUUUUGACACCAUUAACUCUGAUGAUAAAUAUAGUCUUACUCACUGGUCAAUUCCCCGAUUGUUUGAAACUAUCAUUGCUCAGCCCAAUCUUCAAGAAAGGUGAUCGAGAAUUACCAGAAAAUUACAGGCCAAUAGCAAUUGUACCUAUCAUAAGCAAAAUAAUUGAGGCCUGUAUUUUCUAUCAAAUGUACGAAUACUUCUCAAUCAACAAAUUGCUGAAUGUAAACCAAUUUGGUUUCAGACCUGACUGUUCAACUGCAAUGGCCGUUGAAAAACU